UUGUCCUUUUACCAUGGAAACAGGACAACGAGGCAAAUUUGUGUUGUGAAGAUUGUCCACUUUCUGCUAAUUUGACCCCUGUCGAAAUUUGUAGGCGAUGGUGGACGUAUCUGCCGAUUUGAGCAGUUUUUCGUGAGAUGAGAAAGAGUUACUUUACCUUCGUGCACGCUCGGCUGGACUGACGUUUUGCGGUUGCGCGCACGCAGCUUUCCUGUGUAAACUGGUCCACUCACUGAGAUGUAUCAUCAAAGGUCACACUGCAAACAGAGACUCGUUGGCAUCAGGAGAAGACAGUGAACUCUGCAUUGGGAUACUCGGGAUGGGUCAUAUGGGGAAACAGCUGCUCCUCUUUCUCCUUAAAAAAUCUGGCAUCAAACCAUCACACAUUAAGGUCUCCAGUAGAAGACCAGAAUCUGCAGUGGAAUUUAUCCAGACAGGAGUUGAGUGUUUCUUUGACAAUCACAGACUGGCAGCGUGGGCAGACAUUCUGUUCCUCUGCUGUCUGCCCUCUCACCUUCCCAAAGUCUGUGCUGAUAUCCACUCUCGCCUGUCAAGGCGCUGCCUUGUGUACAGCUUCACCUCUGGUGUGCCUGUCACCAGAUUGGCACAGCUUCUUGGACACGACUUCAUUCUCAAACCACAGUAUGACUUUGUCGCUUGUGACACUGCAGAUGUGUGGCUGUCCUGCACUCAUCUGACCAGGGCUUUGACAUAUCCUUUGCUGAUAGAGGCAUCGUGUCCUCUUACAAUGAGCAGUGGUAUUUAUCUGGGUCUGAACUGGGUGUGUGCAGUGUUGUACAGCCUGCUAAAUAUCUGCACCUCUACCAGUCUGGGAUCCAGUGAUGCUCUCUCUCUUAUCAACAGAAUCUUUAAAGAGAACUGGCCACAUGCUGUGGAAUUAAUCGCACAAAGUUUCAUCAGUGCAUCAUAUGCAUCUUCCCUUCUUACAGAGGAACCUUUUCCCUGGAUUUCUCUCGCUGAUGCCCAAGUUAAGGAUACACCACUGCUGUGCUUUCUAUCAAGCAGCAAAUCAAUGCAACAGUGCAUCUCCGCAGCAUACAAAUCACUGCUAGAGACACCAGCUAAACUAGACAGUUACUCUUUAAUGUGAAGUUACUGUAUUAUCUAAGGAUGUUCACUACACACGUAAAUUGUGUUCUUUAUGUUGCACAUUCUGUGUUGAAAUUAUAUAUACAAUAUUACAUUUCAAUAAAUGGGCCUCAACAGUGUGUCUUGUGAUACUUGCA